AUGGCAGAGUCCGGGACCCUGCCCACUGGCUUCGGGGAGCUGGAGGUCCUGGCAGUGGGAACGGUGCUGCUGGUGGAAGCUCUCUCCGGCCUCGGCCUCAAUAGCCUGACCAUCCUCUGUUUCUGCAAGAACCCGGAGCUGCGGACUCCCAGCCACCUCCUGGUGCUGAGCUUGGCGCUGUCGGACAGUGGGAUUAGCCUGAAUGCCCUCAUUGCAGCCACGUCCAGCCUCCUCCGUGUCUCCCACAGGCGCUGGCCCUAUGGCUCAGAAGGCUGCCAGGCUCACGGCUUCCAGGGCUUUGCAACAGCGUUGGCCAGCAUCUGCAGCAGCGCAGCCAUCGCCUGGGGGCGCUAUCACCACUACUGCACCCGCAGCCGACUGGAUUGGAACACGGCCGUCUCCUUGGUUUUCUUUGUGUGGCUGUCUUCUGCCUUCUGGGCAGCACUGCCCCUCCUGGGCUGGGGACACUAUGACUAUGAGCCGCUGGGGACAUGCUGCACCCUGGACUAUUCCAGGGGGGACAGAAACUUCACCAGCUUCCUCUUCACCAUGGCCUUCUUCAACUUCUUCCUGCCCCUCUUCAUCACAGUCAUAUCCUAUCAGCUCAUGGAGCAGAAACUUGGGAAGACUGGUCGUCCUCCGGUGAACACCGUUCUGCCAGCCAGGACGCUGCUGCUCGGCUGGGGCCCCUACGCUCUCCUAUAUCUAUACGCAGCCAUUGCGGAUGUGACCUCCAUCUCCCCCAAGCUGCAAAUGGUGCCCGCUCUCAUUGCCAAGGCUGUGCCCACAGUCAACGCCAUCAACUAUGCUCUGGGCAGUGAGAUGGUGCACAGGGGAAUCUGGCAGUGCCUCUCACCGCAGAAAAGAGAGCGGGACCGAGAGCAGUGA